AUGGCGCUGUUAUUACGGUUCCAGCCUACUUUGAUGAAGCGCAACGCCAAGCUACACGUGAUGCAGCUGAACUCGCAGAAAGUGGUGCGUGAAGUAUUUAAGCAAGAGCCGCUUUGUACCAUCAAUCCUGAUGAAGUUGUGGCGAUUGGCGCUGCUAUCACUGCGAAUCAACUCAUUGGGAAUUCUAAGGAUGGCUCAUUACUUUUAGAUGUUACCCCACUGUCACUCGGUUUAGAAACUAUGGGUGGUUUGGUUGAACGCUUAAUUUCACGUAAUACAGCCAUUCCUGUUGCACGCCGUCAAGAGUUCACCACCUAUCAAGAUGGUCAAACCGCCAUGUUGAUCCAUGUCUUGCAAGGCGAACGUGACUUAGUUGAGCAUUGCCGCAGCUUAGGUCGUUUUGUAUUACAUGGUAUCCCACCAAUGACCGCGGGUCAGGCACGUAUUGAAGUCACUUUUCAGGUCGAUGCAGAUGGCCUGCUUACUGUUUCAGCCAAAGAAACCACAUCAGGGGUCAAUGCGCAAAUCGACAUUAAACCUUCUUAUGGAUUGUCUGAGACCGAUACUGAACGCUUGCUUUUAGAAGGUUAUAAAUUCGCUGAAGAAGAUAAAAAUCUUCGCCAUCUCAAUGAAACUAAAGUUGAAGCACAGCGUGAACUUGAAGCCUUAACACAGGCGUUAAAGGUCGACUCCAACCUGCUCAGUACUGAACAACUGACUGCGCUCAAUCAAGCCGCUGAAGCUUUAAAAGCCCAGCUUGAAACAAACGAUAUCAAAUCGAUUGAACAUGCAGUAAUGACUAUGCCACGUAUUAAAGUACUACCUCAUGCAACAAUUUGUCCAAAUGGUGCUGAGUUUGAAGUUGAACCAAACGCCAAUCUGUGCCAAAGUUUGCUCGAUAAUGGUAUUAAAAUCGAACAUGCCUGUGACAUGUCUAAAGCAUGCACCACUUGCCAUGUGAUUGUACGCAAAGGCUUUGAUGAGCUCGAAGAGAUGGAUGAUAUUGAAGCCGAUUUACUCGAUCGCGCUUGGGGCUUAGAACCCGAUUCGCGUCUGUCUUGCCAAGUUAAAAUCACUGAUGAAGAUAUGGAAGUUGAAAUUCCAAAGUAUACGAUUAACCAUGCUUCUGAAAACCACUAA